ACAGGGCAGACAGUCAGAGACAGUGAGUGGGACGGCCCAUGUGACCGAGGGGAAUCAGGCUUUGGACAAACCGCUGAAUCCACACACUCCAAACAAGAGCUGUUGUCUUCUGAGAAAAAAAGAGUGAAGAGAAGAAAGAGGCAGAGUCAUUGUGGACCUUUUCUCGGGGAAUAUCCUGCACCACAACUUUGUUUGUUUUCUCUUUCUUCCUCGUCCUCUCCCUCCUCUCAGAUCUCGAUGCUUUGCUUUGGGAUUUGUGCUCCAAAUCCAUCAAAUUCCUCUCUUGAUCUUUCUCUUUGUCAUCUGAAACAUUUUAAGCUGCAUUUUUUCUCCAGAACUUUGCAACCAAACAAACUGAGACAGACGUUUGCAGAAUCUCACAGGGACUAAAAGUUGAAUCCAAGCCCGGUUCUGGAAUGAAUUUAACCGAGACCAGCUUGUCCAGAGAGACUCUUCUGCAUGCCAGCCGGAUGACUCUCGGAGGCCCCUGGGCGUCCGGGACCCCGAGCCCUGCUUCUGAUUCUGAGAUGGGUUUUGAGCAGAGCCUCUCCGGGGACUGCAGUUCUCCCGAUGGCCUUGGAUCCGGGACCCUGAGGAGAACAGAGCCGAGGAUUUCUCUGACACCCAGCUCAGGGGCACAGAGUCCGGACCUGAACCCAGCAGGUGUGUCGGCGGGGCUGGCCGAUGGGAAGGCUGCUGGGGGAGAGCAGAGGAUCCGCAGGCCCAUGAACGCCUUCAUGGUCUGGGCCAAAGAUGAGAGGAAGCGACUGGCCGUGCAGAACCCUGACCUGCACAACGCCGUGCUCAGCAAGAUGCUCGGUCAGUCCUGGAAGGCCCUGAGUGCUACAGACAAGCGGCCAUUUGUGGAGGAAGCAGAACGUCUCCGUGUCCAGCACCUCCAGGACCAUCCGAACUACAAGUACAGGCCUCGCCGCAAAAAGACCACCAAGAAACUGAAGCGUGUUGAGCCGGGCCUUCUGCUUCACAGUUUAGCCCAGGGCGGGGCGACAGGCCUCGGAUUGGGACAUUUGGGUGAUGACUCUGGAGGUUCUCCUUAUGGACAUCUAGGCGCCCACCCUGCCCAUCACCAUCACUCCCACCACCUCCUGCACUCUCUUGGGCACUUCAGGGACCUCCAGGCCCCAGGACAUCUAGAGCUGGAGACCUACGGCCUGCCCACCCCAGAGAUGUCCCCUCUGGAUGUUCUGGAAGAUGGGGCUGGGGAAUCUGUGUUUUUCCCCCAACAUAUGCAGGAGGAGGCCGGGAUGGUAGGUUGGAGUGGCUACCACCACCACCUUAACCCUCAUAACCAGCACUACAGCCAUAAUUACAACAACCACAGUCACCACAACUCCAUAAAUGCAGCGACACACAGUCAGAGUUCAGGAAUGAGUGUUGGUGCCAGCACAUGUUUGAACUCCAGUUUGAGUCCAGGUAGAAACUCCAGGGUUGAUUCUCGAAUGAGUUCUGUUGAGUCAAAUUUGACCUCAAGCAUGAGCUCUAGGUUGAAUCACAUCGCCUUGAGGAGUCCAGUGAAAUGCCCCCCGGCUCUAUCCGACUCCUCCUCCCCUGUUUCUUACCCCCAGCCCUCCAUCAGCCUCCCUGAGCCGAUAAAAUCCCACCAAACACAACAUCAACCCACUGCUUCUGUCAGCUACUACAGCCAGGUGUAUGGGAACAGCGCUCCAAAUGCUGCCUAUUACAUGCCCUCUCACCUGGGGCAGCUUUCACCUCCUCCUGAAACCCCUCCUUCUUCUUGCUCGUCCUCUUCCUUGCAAACAUCCACCUUUCCUCCCCCUUUGCACUUAGACCCUUCAAAUCCUGAUUCCUCCUGCCAUUUGGGGUCUUCUUCUGCUGAGUUUUGGUCCGAGGUGGACAGGCAUGAGUUUGACCAGUAUGUAAAUGUAGGAAGGAACCGAGAGGAUGCCUACGGGUGUAGUGGGGGCUCUGGUAGUGGGUCAAAAGUCCUGAGUGGACGCAGUAGCAGUAGUGUAGCGAGUAGCAUGAAUAGCAGCAGGGAUGUCAGUAGCAUUUUGAGUGGUGCUGGUGUCUGUGAUGACGGGAGCAGCCCUCUUAUAUCUGCUCUCUCUGAUGCCAGUAGUGCUGUGUAUUACAGUGCCUGUAUCACUGGAUAAAUACAUCAUGAGCCAGUUUUCAUAGUACCUCCUUUCAACCAGCAUAGUUGGGUUUGGUUUAUUCUAACCAUUGUAACAGGAAGUAAGCUAUGUUGGGAUUAGUUUUGGCUCAUAUUCGUAGUCAUUGUCAUGCCUUGCUUUUUAUAAAAAGAAAAAUCAGUGUCUUUAUCAUUCCAUCUCUUACAGCAUCAGCCAAAAAACACAGUUUUAAAAAAACUGGAAAAGCAAAUAACUGGAAGAGAGAAGCACUUUUGUGAAAUUAAAUAAGUUUAGUUUAAGAUUCAUUUACACUUUCCUAACAUGAUGUUGCACAGUUGGCAGGCUAGCUAACCAGCUGUCAUUGAUAACUACAGGCUUGUGCGACUAGUUAACACCGGGGAAGUUUAGUAUUGUAACUAAGUACAGGCUGAUAAACAGAAGGCAGCUGAAGAGCACCUUAAAUAGCAUUGUGUUUUCACUUACUCAUCAGAAGUUCCAGGUCUGUGUUAGCAUGCAUAAUGCUAAAAAACUGGAGCUUUUAUCCAAAGCUGAUUACAUUUAAAACAAGUCUGAAGGAUUCAGGGCUUUGUAUCAACAAGUGCUUGUCUUAGUCGAAGUGCCUACUUUCUACUUCCUGUUUCAUGGCUUUUGUUUCUCUUAACCCUUUCUGGUGACACACUACAUACUAUAUGAAGAUUAUGCAAGCAAAGUGAUUUAUUUAAUUGCACUGUGAGAACUCUAGUCAUCAGAAAAAUCUGAAUUUCAAGAUCAUCUCAUAUCAUUUAUAUUUCAUCUCAGGACCAGACAGAUAUUCAUCUCCACUGAACUUUAUAAAGUUCAGGUUGAUCAACCCGAUUUUUAAAUAGGAACAUGACAGUUAAGAAACAAUUUGGGAGAUGGACAGAGAGAAAAAGACUGGAAAAAGACUUGGUCCAGCCUCCACAUAUCUCCCAGCGUUUUCGGGAAAGCCUUGGCCACAGACCCAGAGCAGACCACUGAUGUCUCCCACAAACUUUCAGUGUGUUUUACAAGCCAGGUCGGGUAUUUUCUGACCGUGAUAUAUGCCAUUCCCUCUCUGUCUCCUUCCAUGACAGGGCCUCAUGUUAAACUCCAUGCCAAAAUCUCCAAGUCUUAAAUUGCUUUGCUCCAUGGCAAGCACAAAUACGUUGAUGAUUCAAAGAUUAUGGUUUUUAACCAGUUAGCCUCUCUGGUAUAACAUGCAUAUCAACUGUUUGGAUAAAAUGCCUUUUGUUAAAUGUUAAAGAGUGUAAUUUAAUCUAUAAAUACUAAGAUUGUGUUUUACAAAUGAAGUGCCAUUGGAACAAAUCUGGUGAGAUUGAAAGCAGCUUUACUCUAUAACUCAUCAGGUCUAAAGUCUUAAUAUUCUUAAAUCAAUGCAUCUUCAUUUCUUUUAACAUGUAAGGUCUUUUGAUUUAUUGGUAACGUUGUUUAUAUGUAGCCUUUUUACUGUAUAUAGAUGCUGUGCCUUUUGGCAGCAUGUGAAGGAGAAAUUGAGACUAUGAAAUGUUCUCUUUGCACUGGGUUUAAUGUCUUAGCUGUAUAGAAGGAACACUACUUAUUAAAGCUCAAAAUGUCCAUAAUUUUAAAUGUUGUACAGAAAGGACUGUGUUUGUUUUGUUGUAUUACACUAGAUUAUGUUUUAUUAUUUAGUUUUUAAGUAAUAUGUUUUAUUGAUGCCACUCCUGUGGGUGUCACAUACGGAGCUAGCGCCAGGAGGUGAUUAGCCUAGCUUAGCCUAAAGACAGUAAUCAGGUUUAAACAGCUAGCUAAUUUUCUUUCAAAUGAAAAGGUCUGCCAACUUUAGCUUCUUUAUUAUAAACUAACUAACAUAACUCUCCGCUGAACGAACAAAAAAUGUCAAUUGUACCUUCCUGUUUGUGCUUUAAUUACAUUGUGUUAAUUCGAAAUGUGCACUUAUCCAGGCUAACAGCUUUUCCCUGCUUGCUGUCUUGGAUGUGUCGUAUACUUACUUUCAAAGAAAAUAUUUUAUUGUGAAGAUCUUUAUUGAUCUUUAAUUGGUUUCAUGUUUCACUUUGCUCUACCAGUGACUUUAGCAAGCCCUCUCAGACCAAUGUUGAACGGCUGGAUAUUAACAUGAAGUUUUGGUUUGGUUUUGUGCUGAAACUCAAAAAAAUAAAAGUUGUAGCCACUGUA